AAAUUAACCUUUUUGUUAAAAAAAAAUGACAUGAAGAAAGUAUCUGUGUAUUAAAAUAAAAAUAAACAACGACAGCAAUCAUGGGAAGGAGAAGAGAAUAGACCGAGAGGUGGAAAAAGGAAAAAGAAGAAGACGAUAAACUCUCAUCAAUUCAAGAUUAAUUGUGUGUAAAGCCAUGGAAGAGAUGCUGAGUUCAUCAACAACAACAAUCAACUCUUCCAAUAUAGGGUUUCAGCUAUUGAAGAAGCAGGGUUGGAAAGAAGGCACUGGCCUUGGGAUCUCUGAGCAGGGUAGAUUAGAACCUGUUGAAACUCAUGUGAAGAAUAAUAAGCGCGGUUUGGGAGCAGAUAAAGUGAAGAAAAAGAUAGUGAAACCUGAUCAUGGUGCUGAUUCCUCUAAAGGAGACAAUAAGCAGGAACAUUUGUCUAAAAAGAAAACCAAAGCACUUUCUAAACGGGUGAGAAAGAUGCAGGAGUUAGAAAAGAAGAUGCAGGAGAAGGAAUUUGAGCGCGCUUUCUUUAGAGAGUUCUGGCCUGACAAUGUAUGAGAAUUGGUGAUGGGUUCACUAGUGAUUUCAGAGUCUGUGCAAUAGAGAAAUAUGCAUCACUGGUGAUUUCAGAGUCUGUGCAAUAGAGAAAUAUGCACCACUGGUGAUUUCAGAGUCUGUGCAAGUUAGAUCUUAAAGGUGUUUUUUGCAAAUUGAAGGAAUUUCUGGCAGCUUUUUUCAUUUGUAAAUAAUCAACUCUUUUCUCUUUUCAAUUCUUUUGUACAAUAGAGAAAUAGCAAAUGCUGAGGGAAUGUUAUCAGAGGACAUGUCCCUUCUGGUUAAAAAAAAUGAUGUUACACAUGUAUUUUUAUUAGAAAAGAAAUAUUUAACUUAGCUUCCCUAAACAA